CGUUCGGUUGCCCCGCAAAGAACGCCCAACGUGUCAGUCGGCGCUCAAGAUCUCCAGUAACUCUCCUUGCAGUGAAGUAGUUUGACCAGACAAUUUAAACCCACCGCCGCACUGAUUUAAACCCCUGGCAAUGGACAAUAUCAAAGACGGCUGGUUCACCGAGACGUGCACGUUAUGGCCCGGCCAAGCCAUGAGUCUUCAAGUGGAGGAAGUGUUGUAUCAUAAAAAGUCGAAGUUCCAGGAUGUGAUGGUUUUUAAAAGUAAAACGUAUGGAAAUGUGCUGAUUUUGGACGGGGUCAUCCAAUGCACAGAACGAGAUGAGUUUUCUUAUCAAGAAAUGAUCGCCAAUCUACCUCUCUGCUGCCACCCUUGCCCAAAAAAGGUUCUCAUCAUAGGUGGAGGAGACGGUGGUGUCCUAAGAGAGGUGGUCAAGCAUCCUCUGGUGGAGUCUGUAGUUCAGUGUGAGAUUGAUGAGGAUGUAAUAAAUGUCUCCAAGAAAUACCUUCCCGGAAUGGCGAAAGGCUUCUUCAGCCCCAAGCUAACUCUGCAUGUGGGUGAUGGCUUUGAAUUCAUGAAGAAAAAUCAGGAUGCGUUUGACAUCAUCAUCACAGACUCCUCAGACCCUGUCGGACCGGCUGAAAGCUUGUUCAAAGAGUCUUACUAUCAGCUCAUGAAAACUGCACUUUGUGAAGGAGGAAUUCUCUGCUGCCAAGGAGAGUGUCAGUGGCUGCAUUUGGAGCUCAUCAAGGAAAUGCGGACCUUCUGUAAAACCCUAUUUCCUGUAGUGGACUAUGCAUACUGCACCAUUCCCACGUAUCCAAGUGGACAAAUCGGCUUUAUGCUUUGCAGUAAAAAUUCGAAAACAAAUUUCCGUGAGCCACUACGAGAACUAACAAGAGAUGAAAUUGAGAGCAUGAGCCUGAAAUAUUACAAUCCUGAAAUCCACCGUGCUGCUUUCAUCCUCCCAGAAUUUGCUAGAAAGGUACUAAGUGAAGCAUAAAGGGCUUGAUGGGUGCCAUCUUGUCAACACGCUGCCUUCUGUGAAAGCAGAACAAAACCUUCACUACAGCUUUGAUAGCUGCCACAGCACAUCCCUCUCCAGCUAAUGAUUGGUCAACGGACUGCUACAAGUGCAUAUGCCUUCUGUGGGGAAAUUCUCUGGUUCUCUGUUCCAUCAGUGCUUCUGCCAAGUCUUAUAAGUUAUUUCGGUUUGGUCCUCCCACAUCACAAAUUUCUGAACUAUACAAACUGACAAUCAAGCAUGUUGUUUGACAGAUACCACGGUCUUACUUUCUCUUACUCGUGUUGAGUAAUGGAGUGCAACAUUUCACUACAUCUGUCUUGUUUACAUAAGUUAAUAAAUAAAUAAAAAACCAUGCAGGUAUUUUAAAGGGAUAGUUUGCCUAAGUAUAAAUAAUUGCUGGUAAUAUACACACCCUAUGGCAGUCCGAGAUGUAGGUGUAUUUUAUUGUUUUUUUCUUUCAGUAUAACAUUAAUGGUGCACAUUCAGGAUGGUUGGUCUUCAUUGAUUUCACUUGCAGUUGAUGGUCACCAUUAUUUUAGUAUAGUAUCCUACAUAACAUGUUUUGUGUUCAACAGAAGACAGGUUUGGAACCAGUGAAGGGUGAGUAAAUGUUGACUGAAUUUUAAAUCUGCAACUGAAUUAAACUCGUGUGUGGGUGUGUGUGUGUGUGUGUUCAGCAAAAAUAUUGAUCCUUGGUGAUUCAUCAAAUUCAAUUGAACAGACAUUGUCGCUUUGAAUAAAAAGAAAUAUAUACAGGCAAACCAUGAUUAAUGCACAUGCAUCCUGGAAGUACAUUGAGCCUCUGCAAAUGGUCUAGUUUGUUUAAGGAAAUCACAUAAUGUUUGUGCUGACACAAACUCAUACAAUAAUAAUAUUUAAUUUACAAUGAAUGGUGUCUGUGUUGAAUUGUUUAUCAAAAACAACAAAAGUUUGUAAACAGGCUCCAGUGUCUGGAAGCUUGCACUUUAAAAUUACAUGAAAUCACUUUGCUUCAUGAGGCUUUGAAUUAAGUCUAUUAAUUUUGUAACCAUUUUUUUUUAAUAGUUAUAUUUCUCAAUACCUCAAUGUAUUGCCAGGUUCUUGGGUACUCAUUUUUUUUGGUCUUUCAAAAUGUCAGUAGCCAUCGACUUAAUUUAUUAAUUUUAUGAAUCACCAAGCACCAUAGUUUGAGGUAAAAAACCUAUAAAAAAAUCUAAAUCUUGGUUGCUUUGAGGGUGCCAUAAAUACAUUUUCAUUUUUGGAUAAAGUAUCCCUUUAAAUAUCUGCAUAUGCUCUCUUUGAACACUCAGAGACUUUUAGGUCAGUAAUAAUUGCAGUUAAACAACAGUAAAUUAUUGUCAUUUAAAAGGAGAUAAUAUAGUACUGUUACCUUUACAAAAGUUGCUUACUGCAACUAACUAAAGUGGUAAUAUUUUCUGCAACUAAUAUUUUCUCCCAUAUAAAUGCUUCGUGUUUUCCUUCUUAGCAAGUGAAGGUGACAUGUGGGUCCUCUGUGUGUGAUUUGUGUGGUCUGGUUUUCCAAAAAAAAUUCUGAUUACAAGAACUGUAUAGUGCAAAUAGGUGUUUGGUUAAGAUGAAGAUUGAUAUGAUAUAGUGUAUUUCAAAUGUAUGCUUCUGUGGGAUCUGUAUGAUGGAAUGACUUUGAGGUGUCUUUUAACAUUAGAAUUACUGGAAGUCUCAAACAUUGAGGCAUAUUAUUGAACAAUUAUUGUGAAAUAUUUCAGGGCAAAACAAUUAAUGGUGUAUUUUGUGGGAUAGCUGAAGAUGAUCAUACCUUUUUAGGGCUAUAGUUGCUAAGGACAAACUAUUUUGUAGUGACAGGUUUUACUAUGUGGAAGGGUUUGUCUGUCCUUUUACCGUUUCAUGAUUAUGAUGUACAUUUCUUUUUUCAAAUUUCAUAAAUUGUUUUUGAAAUAAUAAAACACGUGCAACCUUAUUC